AUGUACGACACCGAGGACCUGGUGCUGCUGUCGAAUAGCUCCGAUAACGUAUUCAACAAAGAAAACACAUCAACUAUCGACAUUGAAACCAACUUGAUCGACCAGCGAAAGAAGGCCCAAGUCAAUGACGACACCGAUUCGGAGACCUCGUCCAACUCCAUUGAUGGCCCAAGGACCGACAUUGGCAAGGAGAUCGAUGCAAUUGCCAUGAAGGAGGCCGAACGCAGAUUGACUUGUAGAACCUCCGUUGCCACCGAUAUCUCCUCCAUUGAUGGUGACGUCAAUGUCGAAGUCAAGGACGAGGAGCAACACGAACUCGAUGUGCAAUUGUUACACGACAUCGCCCACAACAUGAUUGGCCGCAACAUACCGUUCGAGACACCGUUCGGUACCAAGGCUCAGUGCUACGCGGACUAUACAGCCAGUGGCAAGGCCAUCGAGAGUAUUGAGACUUUCAUCCGCAAUGAGGUUAUGCCCACAUACGGCAACACGCACACCACGACGUCAGUCACUGGUCUCCAAACUACCUCAUUUCGAGAGGAGGCCCGUGAGAUCAUUGGCAAGGCAGUGAACGCCCGUCUCUACGGCAGCGGAGCUCGUGAUGUUGUCAUCUUCAGUGGUCAAGGUUGUACCAGCGCCAUUAACAAAUUCAUUACUGCUCUUGGUCUUCACACAAUGCGACGUUAUCAUCGUCCACACAAGCGGCCGGUCGUCUUUACGUGCCCUUUUUCACAUCAUUCGAACUUGCUCCCGUGGCGUGAGCUAUACGCUGUCGAUGUCGUCGAGAUCCCUGAAGCCAAGACCGGUGGCCUGGACCUGAAUGAGCUUGAGUAUCAACUUCAGAAAUAUCAGGGUCGUGAUCUCAAGAUUGGCACAUUCGCCGCUGCAUCCAACCUGACGGGUAUGUUUGCUGACGUCGACAAGGUGUCGAAGCUGCUGCACAAGUAUGGAGCACUUUCUUGCUGGGAUUAUGCCACGUGCGCUCCCUACGUUGAAAUCGACAUGAACCCCAAGGAUCAUGGUGCGUACAAGGACGCCGUGUUCUUCUCCGGUCACAAAUUUGUGGGUGGUCCCGGGUCUCCCGGUGUAUUGAUUGUCAAGAAGAACUUGAUGAACAACGAGGUGCCGACGAUGCCUGGUGGUGGCACCGUGUUGUUCGUAACCGAGAAAGCUCAUAGCUACCUGGCCAGCAACGUGGAGCGUGAAGAGGGCGGAACCCCCGACAUUAUCGGUAGCAUUCGGCUUGGUCUCGCGUUCGAGAUGAAACAGCGCGUGGGCACCAAGCACAUCAUGGACCUUGAGCGCCAACACGUGCGCCAUGUCCGCGAAGUACUGGGUCGGAAUGACCAUAUUAUUCUGCUUGGCCACGAAAAUGUGGACCAGCUACCGAUCUUUUCGUUUCUGGUCCGCUUCGGUGACCGCUUCCUACACCACAACUUUGUGUGCGCGUUGUUGAACGAUCUAUUCGGCAUCCAGGCACGUGGGGGCUGCCAAUGUGCUGGUCCAUUUGGUGCUCGUCUGCUCGGUCUUAGCCGCGAACACAUCAUUGCUCUGGGUCAUGCUGUGGUCGCCAAAGACGAGGUUCUAAAGCCGGGUGUCUCCCGCGUGAGCUUCCCGUAUUUCGCCGACGAUGACGAGGUAGAGUACAUUCUGGAGGCAGUGAACUUUGUGGCCGACCACGGCUGGAAGUUGUUGCCGCAGUACGAGUACAACCCUCACAACGGAGCGUGGUGUCAUGUUUCGCGGGCCACGGUUCUCUUCCCGUCCAGAAAGUUCCUGGCAAGCAUGCAACUCGACGACGUGGAGAUGGUCCGCCAGUCUGUGUGUGCUGCUCCUAUUCACAACAUUGCUGCUCACCGUCGCGAGAACAUGAAGCAGGCUGCUGUUUUGGCGAACGCCUGCAUGGAGGACGCCGUGUCGAUCGAAGAAUUUUCCGAAGGUGCAAAGCUGGUGACUAGCCACGAGUGGUUGCGCUGGUUUGUGUAUCCGUAUGAAGCUGUUGCCGCCUACAAGGAAAAGGGCGAGAAACCGACGCUCCCGGAGAAAAUCGAGGGGCCGUGCCAACCGUAUCGCUAUUUGGAUGGAUCAAUCCACAAUGUUUGGGAAGGCGUGCCGUCCCUGGGAAAGAUGAAGCGGAGUCUAUUGGGACGUUUCGUGCUUAAGAUGUUCAUGCAGGCCGAGCUAGACGCCAUGAAGGACAAGAAGACUGACGACGAGAAGAGCGUGUUGAAGGAGGAAGAAGCCAUUUGUGUCGUCUUUGCCGGCUCGGAGACGUGUCAGUAG